AUGCAAGAAUGUGACUCUUCCAGCCACGCCGUGCCCAACUACCCUUUACAAACAAAGCAGGAGCAAACUCGAGUACGAAAAUUUUACAAGGCACAGUUGGCACUGGGAGUCGUGUGGGAUGGACUGCCAGCAUCUGUGACAAACCCCUAA